CUAACAACCUCUUAAUGAAAGAGACAACAUAGGACCGUAUUUAUAAUAGAGGACCGAACUACCCCGAAUCCGAUCUAUAGCCUUUCUCCGCACGAAGCUCAACCCCUCCAACGAACCCCACGAUCUCGGUCUUUGAGGUGGCACGUCUUCUGGGUGUUGCUGCUGUCUCGAUAUAAUAAAACAUUGUUUCUUCUUGGCUUACAUUUUUAUUAUUUUUUGCCAUUGACCUUCACCAGCACCUUUCCCUCUCAUUACUACCCUCACCUCUAUCUACUACAUUCAUCCCAGACCCUACCUUAGCUAACCCCCCCCCUCCCUUUCGGUAUAAGAGCUUACCCAGCUCAAAAUGGCCGAGAUCACAAUCACCGGCUUCCGGACCCGCGACGUGCGGUUUCCCACGUCCCUAGACAAGACCGGGUCCGACGCCAUGAAUGCUGCCGGCGACUACUCUUCCGCGUAUUGCAUCCUCGAGACGGAUUCUAAAUUCACAGGCCACGGAAUGACCUUCACAAUCGGCCGCGGCAACGACAUCGUCUGCGCCGCAAUAUCCCACCUAGCCGAGCGCAUCAAAAACCGCACCCUCUCAAGCCUAGUCUCCAACUGGGGCCAGACCUGGCGCCACCUAGUCAACGACUCCCAACUGCGCUGGAUCGGCCCCGAGAAAGGCGUCAUCCACCUCGCCCUCGGCGCCGUCGUCAACGCCGUCUGGGACCUGUGGGCCAAGACCCUCGGCAAGCCCGUCUGGCGCGUCGUCGCCGAAAUGACCCCCGAAGAAGUCGUCCGGUGCAUCGACUUCCGAUACAUCACGGACGCGAUCACGCCCGCGGAGGCGCUGGCCCUACUAACGAAAGCCCAAGACGGCAAAGACGCGCGGUUUGCAGACGCGCUGGAGAGCCGCGCCGUCCCCGCGUAUACCACCAGCGCGGGCUGGCUAGGCUACGGCGAAGACAAGAUGCGCGCAUUACUCCGCGAGACCCUCGCGAACGGGUACAAGCACUUCAAGCUCAAGGUCGGCGGGCCCGUCGACCAGGACAAGCGCCGCCUGGCCAUCGCGCGCGACAUCAUCGGGUACGACCGGGGCAACGUGCUCAUGGUCGACGCGAACCAGAUCUGGAGCGUGCCCGACGCCAUCGCCCACAUGAAGCAGCUCGCCGAGUACAAGCCGUGGUUCAUCGAGGAGCCCACGUCGCCCGACGACAUACUCGGCCACAAAGCGGUGCGCGACGCCCUCCGUCCGUACGGCAUCGGGGUCGCCACGGGCGAGAUGUGCCAGAACCGCGUCGUUUUCAAGCAACUUCUCGCGAGCGGCGCCAUCGACGUGUGCCAGAUCGACGCGUGCCGUCUCGGCGGCGUCAACGAGGUUUUAGCCGUGCUGCUCAUGGCGGCGAAAUUCGGGGUCCCGGUAGUUCCGCACUCGGGGGGCGUGGGACUGCCGGAGUACACGCAGCAUCUGAGCACGAUCGACUACGUGGUCGUUAGCGGGAAGCGCUCUGUGCUGGAGUACGUGGACCAUUUGCACGAGCACUUCCUGCAUCCGUCCGCGGUGAAGGACGGGUACUACCAGACGCCGACGGAGCCGGGGUACAGCGUGGAGAUGAAGGCGGAGAGUAUGGAUCGGUUUAGUUACCCGGGCGAGGAGGGGGUUAGCUGGUGGAGGACUGAGGAGGCUCGGCCGAUUUUGGAGGGGGAGAAGAUAUAGAUUUUGAAAGGGGUAAGGCCGCUUGAAUGUGUUGGAAAGGAAUUGGGUGGGAAAAGGGGCUACGUAUUUGAUAACUAUGGCGGAGCAUUAAAUAGGUAGGCAUCGUGGUACUGCGAUAUACUCUGCAUCUAAAACGGCCAUAUAUCAAAAUCUAAGUAGAGAAAACAAUGGCAUACUUUGAAUUCCACCA